AUGCCGAGCGCGGGGGAACUAGAGCAGCAGCCGCUGCGGGGGUCGCCGUCCUCGAACGUGCAGUACAUCUCGAUCCCCAUAGAGCGGCAGAGCUCUGUGACGGCGGAGGCGGGGGGGCACGCGGCGGCGGGCACGCCCGGCGCGCACCGCGGGUCGUUUCUGGACCAGCCGCUGGGGUCGUUCCGGGGCGUGAACUCGCUGGGGCGGUUUGCGUCGUCGUUCCACCGGUCGAACUCCUUCAAGGCGAUCGAGCUGAACGCGGGUAAGGAGCGGGCGUUCCUCAAGGACGGCUACGACGAGCUAUACGACCCGGACACGCUGGGCCCGUCGCUGGACGGGCGGCGGCUCUCGAUCGCGAUCAACGCGCCGGGCACGGUGUCGGUGCGGCCGCCGGCGAGCGACUUCUACGGGAGCGUGGGCGGGGGCGGGUGGCGCGACAGCACGGCGGUGGUGGACGAGGACGAGCAGUCGACGCGGCUGAUGCGCGUGCUGUCGAACCAGUCCCUGACGUUCGUGGACGUGAACAACGCGGCGGGGCCGGACGCGGACUCGAUCAUGCUGAAGCGCGUGGAGACCAAGACGGGCAAGGUGGUGACCGUCCUGGCCGGCCAGUCCACGGCGCCACAGACCAUCUUCAACUCGGUGAACGUGCUGAUCGGCAUCGGUCUGCUGGCGCUGCCGCUGGGGCUGCGCUACGCCGGGUGGGCGCUGGGCAUCCCGAUGUUGCUGGUGUUCGCCGCGGGCACGUUCUGCUCUGCGGAGUUGCUGUCGCGGUGCAUCGACGCGGACCCCAGCAUGAUUUCCUAUGGCGACCUGGGGUAUGCCGCGUUCGGCUCGAAGGGUCGCGCGCUGAUCUCGGUGCUGUUCACUCUGGACCUGCUCGGGUGCGGGGUGUCGCUGAUCAUUCUGUUCGGCGACUCGCUCAACGCGCUUUUCCCGCAGUACUCGGUCACGCAGUUCAAGAUCCUGAGCUUCUUUGCUGUGACGCCCCAGGUGUUUCUGCCCCUGAGCGUACUGUCGAACUUCUCGCUUCUCGGGAUCACCGCAACCCUGGGCACGGUGCUGACCAUCCUCUACUGCGGGCUGACCAAGACCCAAAGCCCGGGCUCGCUACUGGACCCCGCCCCCACGCGCGUGUGGCCCGCGUCCUUUCUGGAGUUCUGUCUUUCCAUCGGCAUCCUCAGCGCCUGCUGGGGCGGCCACGCGGUGUUUCCGAACCUCAAGAGCGACAUGCGCCAUCCGUCCAAGUUCAAGGACUGCCUGAGGACCACCUACGCUAUCACGUCGCUAACAGACAUUGGCACGGCCACCGUGGGCUUCCUCAUGUUCGGCGUCGCGGUCAAGGACGAGGUCACGAGGUCCGUCAUGUUGUCUGAUGGCUACCCGCCGUUUGUCUACGUGCUCAUCUCGGCCCUGAUGGCCAUCAUCCCGCUGGCGAAGACGCCGCUGAACGCAAGGCCCAUCAUCUCCAUUCUGGACGUGAUGAUGGGCAUCCGCAACGCAGAGACCGAGCUUGAGGGCCACAAGCUCUUUGUCGCACGUGCCCUCAAGUUGACCAACCGCCUGCUGAUCAACGUCAUGUUCGUUAUCAUAGCCAUUCUUUUCCCCGAGUUCGACAAGCUUAUCGCGUUUUUGGGGGCCGGCCUUUGCUUCAUGAUAUGCCUGAUCCUGCCAUGUCUCUUUUAUCUGAGGAUAUGCAAAGAUAGGGUCACUCCUAGGGAGCGCAUGGCCUGCUACGCUACAAUUGCCGUUAGUGCCGUGCUCUCCGUACUCGGCGUGGGUGCAGCAAUCCUCUCCUGA